AUGCCAUGCCUCGCAAGGAAAAUCAUUGUCACGGACCUGUCCAUCCUAUCCAAUUCGGCCAGUCCUUGCAAGGGGCAGAGGGAUAUCUCCUUCAACAAGUCCACCUCAGUCCAUACCACAGCCUUAUUCUGGAAUCAGUUCGAAGGGGGUUACAUCUCGAUCACGAUUGUAGAAAAGGCCUUGGGAUCUCGGGUUCCUCGCGGAGCGUCUGGCAUCUAUCCCACAGCCAAAAUUACCUGGCGCUUGGCUACCUUGGAUCAAGGAGCCAAGACGAGUCACUUAAGAGUCGUAUCCGAACUGGAUCACGAUGUCGUCUUUGGGCGCGGGGCGGGCUGCAGCAGUUGGAAGCAUCUCCCAGUCAAUCAGCAGCAACUUUGCAACACUUCUAACCAGCAACUUUACAACUCUUCUAACCAGCCAUAUGCCUUCCAGCAAGGAUCGCGUGAGGUCGCUUCUGUCGUCGAGCAUCUGGUAAAGCUGGAAGAUCCAGAGCUCGACAAGAAGUUGGCAGACAGUUCCUUUGUCAGAUCCUUUGCAUCGAGUUGUGGUAUCGGGCUCGAGGGAGAACUGUCUGUCAAGGCCUGCGCUAAUCGAAUCCGUCAGCGUAUUAAAGUCCUUAAGCAUGGCCGUCCGCCAGAGAGCGUCAAUCCUCCCCUUCUCGCCAGGACUGGGACUCUCGACGCAAUAUUGCGUUCCGAGACUGAGAGUUCAGUCAGCUCUGGGUUUGACGAGGACGACCUGGCGUACCUGGGGUCCGAGACCUCGAGCGAGAUGACGUGGGAAAGGAACUUUCACCAGCCGCCCUCUUUCCUGUGCGACACCAAUCAGUCCUCCGCCGAGGAUAUUCACAACACCCCAAUGCAAGUUGCUCCAGUCAUACGAGGUUCCUCGCCAGAAGACUCUAUUCGCAGCUGGCAACUCGUUGAAAAUGCGUCUCAGCAAGGGUUGACAGAAGAGGAUGGCCCUUCGCAGACCUACCGAACAGGGACGGAAGAGCAGUUAGAGAUUCCAUCUGAUCAAGGCCAGAUGUCCGACUUUGAAAUGCAUCCCGGCCACAAGGUAUGGGAGUGGGACAAGGACAUACAGCGAUGGAAGCGGCGGGGACGGAGCGGACAGGAAGAAACGGACUGGUUCCCGGAGUCUUUUGCAUAA